AAGAGGCCCUUCUUCAGUGCCUCCUCCCUCUUUUUCUUACUAGUAGUGUCUUCGGCGGCCUUCUUUGCCUCAAGCUUCUUCUUCCUCUCUUCGCCUAAAGCUUCUUCCAUUCAUCGAUCUUUGCCUCAAGCUUCUCCCUCACUUUGGCCUCAAGUUUCUUCUUCCACUCUUCGACCUCCAGCUUCUCCCUCACUUUACUGCACCUCCUUCUCAAACGUCUCCUAGGCCUCCUUCUCCUUCUGUAGGCGCUCGGCCUCUUCGGCCUUGAACUGGGCAAUGAUCUCCUCGGCCUCUUUCUCCUUUCGCGCCCGCUCCUCCGCCGCAUUCCUUUCCUCCUCGAGUAAUCUUAGCUCCAGCUCGCGCUUGAUGCGCUCUUCUUCUUCCUUCCUCACUCUCUCGUUUUUGAUCCUCUCCAGCUCAGCCAUGGCAGGCUGGUGCUCAGCCUCCAACUUGAUCUCGCGCUUGAUGCGAUCUUCCUCUUCCUUCCUCACUCUCUCGUUUUUUAGCCUCUUUAGCUCAGCCAUGGUAGCCUGGCGCUCGGCCUCCAACUUGAUCUGCUUGGCCUUAAGUUUCUUCUUCCUGUCUUCGACCUCAAGCUUCUCCCUCGCUUCGGCCUCUGCCUUUACUUCGCAUUGUCUUCCAAUACCUUUUCCGCCAUUCGGCUUCCUCUUGAGCCUUCUUUACCGCCGCUUCCCUGGCUUCUUUCUCAGCCCUUUGUGCUGCCUCCAGCUUUUCACGCUCGGCUCCGACCGCCGCCGCCAGCUUCUCUUCCUGUUUCUUGAGUGCUGCCUCCAAUUUCCGCUUGGCGUCCUCUUCGAUCCUCUUCAGUCGCUCAGCCCACCCCUUAGCUUCAUUUUCGUCGCUAUAGUCGUUCCCGGCUUCUUCGCUCCGCUUCUUCUCCUGCUUGGAGAGCUCUAGCAGUGUCUUCAUGUCCGGAUAUUCGGACGGCAACUGAGUAAAACCUCUGGAGAUGGCCUCUUCGUCCUGGCCUUGUUCUGUCUCCUCGGCAGCCGGGAGCACGGCCUUAAAAUUCUCGCUGCGUGCUUCUGAUUCCUCAGGGUCUUCCUUACCAUCGCGUCUUCUGUCCUCCUGGAAAACAUGCGGAUCCUCCAAUUUCUCAGACGCAAACUCUCGGGUCUCU